CUGGAGCAUGCAGAGGUUUUCUGGUUAGCCGGUACCCACCACUAACCAAGUCAGCUCAGUAGCCGACUUUACAAGGAGCAACCACAACGGAGCAAGUCAGCGCAGAGUGCCAACUCUGCUAGUAAAGAGAGCAAUGGGAGGCAUGCUUAUCGUUGUACCUCAGAAGACACAGCUGAACGAGACUACAAGGGUUCCUAGGUCGGACAAGCAGGAUCCUACUCCAGCCAGUGACUGGGUCGACGACUUCUUGGAGCGUCGUGCGCCGAGGUGAAUUGAUGUUCAGCUCGGCUUCACGAGAAAACAACGCUCAUUGGCACAUGAAAACCUCAGACCCUGCUGGACACAAAUGUGCAGCGAGAGGUAGACAGAAGACUACUUCGAGGACCUGGGGCCCGAUCGGAGGAGAAAGAUUAAAGAGAGACGUCUACUCGGUCAACUUUCUGACAACAAAGAGGUGACACGUAGAGCAAAAGCAGUAUGGGAGGUGGAGAGAGGUACAACAUUCCAGUUUCCCACCCUGAGCGUCCUUUAGCCAAGAAGAACCACCACCUUGGCCGGGCAAAGCAGCGAAGCCGUGACCAGAAUGGAGCAGCAGCAUCUGUAGGAGGGGCAGGGGGCCUUCACCACCAUGGCCACCGUCGGAGCGAUAAAGGUGCUGCCUACCACAGGUCUCCAGAGACACGGCAGGCCGUGUCUGCAGAGAAUGCUUCUCUCUGUUUUGCCACCAACUAUGAUCAGAACUGGGAGGGUGCAGUGUCUCAUCUCAACACGCUCCUGGCAACCCAAGGCAGCCCAAGCUAUGCAGGGCCCAAAUUCAGCGAGCCACCCUCACCCAGUGUUUUGCCCAAACCCCCUAGUCACUGGGUGUCUUUCCCUAUAGGCUCCUGUGACAACAGGGAGGUCAUGGCCUUCCAGCUCAAGAGUCUCCUGAAGGUGCAGGCCUGAUGGGGGAUACCGACACUUCAUUUAAAGAAAAAAAGCCAAUGCAUGGACCCACCCACCAGGAACGCCUCAGUUCUGUAGUGUUUUUAGCUUUUUGUUUGGUUUUUUUUGGCUGACCUUGAAAGUUAACGGAUGUUUGGCAGGAGCGAUGUCUUACCAUUCCUGUGUACCAUCCAUUUAUUAAAAAAAAAAACAACAAUAUUUUAAAUUUACAGAAUUGCAGCCUUGCUGGUCGGUGAUGCCUUUAGUGGAGUUUCUGUGACUAUGACAAACUGGAUAUCCUUUGUACUUAUGUUUUGUUUUGUUAUUUUUAAUUUUGGCUGUCAAGGCAGAUUGAGUGUGUUUUCUCCCAAACAAGGAUUGUAACAUAGGUCAGGAAAAUUCCCAUCACUAUUACAGUCCACUUCUUUGGACAGAUGUGGCAAUUCAUUUAUGUAGUUUUUAUGAUGAUCAUUGGAGUCAUCUCUUUAAGCUUUAGGUGCUAAAGCAGGUUCAUAUUUGUAGCAAUUUUCUUUUUCUUUUUUGUCAGGGGCCCAUUGUUGUUUACAUUCAUUGUUUGGAUAGAGAAGGCACUCAACUGCAAUUCUGCAGGGAAAAAGCUGUUUUACAGGAGAUGAGCUGUAGUGUAACUACAGGUUAAAGGUAUAACCUCAAACGAAGGGUAGUAAGAGACCAUGGCACACUGGCCUCGGACCUUCAACUCAUGUACCCUUUUUUUAUUGCGCUGUGCGCACAUGCACUUGGAGUUGAGUGUGUCCAAGGUCUACAGCACUCUUAUCAUAGCAUUAUUUUGUAUAAGUCCUUUCUGUUGUUGUGGUUGAAAGAUGUAUGAUGUGCUGUGUAUAACCAAAGCAAUGUUUUGCUUUUCUUUUUUUGGACAUUUGUGCGGAUGGCGUUGUUGCCAUUUCCACUUGCCAGUUCGAGGUAAAUGAUUUGAAGUCGACUUGGUCACCUGUUCCAAUUAGUACCGUUACUGCUCCUCAGUCUCUGCCUCUUUAGGACAGUGCUGCAGCUCCAACAUGCGGAAGGGGGCCUGGCUUCAAUGUGGGGCUACUGAGUUUUUCUCAAAAAUCACAUUACCUGGUCCUGUUGGCUGUAUGCUUUUCUGCACAAGGCAAGGCAGAGCUGAGGAAGGUUUCUGAAGGGGCCCAAGCACCUGAAUGUGAGAAAGGAGGCUGGUGUUUUGUUUACAAUUAAGUCUCUAAGUUGACUAUCCCAUAAUCAAGACACAUGCUGCCCCUUGUUUCUUGCACUUACCCUCCUGCACUGCAAUCAGACUGUUUUUUUGUUUUUUCUUCAUAAGUUACAGGCCAGAAUGCUGUUGAAUUGAUCGAGGCGUAAUUGACUAUCUUCUGUGGAUUCUAUUUUAGUUUUCUGAGGCUCUUUUUGCUUUCCCUUUGCAGAAUUGGAGCCAUUUAUGGCCAACUUAAAGAUGACAAAACAAAGUAUGAGCUUGUGAGUUCAAGAGCCAUGUAAAUAAUGAACUGUAUAAAAUACUUGUAGCAUAUGUACAUUUGCAGGCCAAGUUUGAGGUCUGUUUGACAAAAGUAUUUUUAGUAAUAACACUGAAUGUAUGGGACAUGCUAAGGUCAUGUCUUGACUUCAAUACUGAAGAAUAUUUUUGUUAAAAAAAAAAAAACUGCCUACAGUAUCCGUCAGUACCCCUACACUGUUAUCUUUCCAGAGCUCUUGCACAUUUUUUUAUUGUUGUGUAUUAUGCAGUGUAGGGUGAAAGAUGAUAAAUGGAAAAAAACUAAAAAAAUACCAAUUGGAUUCUAGGAGACUUGCACAUGUACAGAUUUGAGUUGCGAAUGUGCUUACAGUGGUCUGUAAGCAUGAUACUUUUUGGUUUUUUUACAAAAAAAAAAA